AAAAACACUUGGUCCUCCUUCGAGAUGGUAGAACACUGAUAGGAUAUUUACGAAGCAUCGAUCAGUUUGGCCCUGGAGGCGCUCUGACAGCGUGCUUGCAGAUCAGAAGAGUCUGGGUUAACUCUGAGUCCUGAGCUGCUAGCAUUUGCAAAGCAUCGGGGCUUUCCUUUUUCAAUAGAGUGGAUUGCAGAUUGUUGGGAGAGGGAUGACUAAGGAAGUUGUCCCGUGGAAUUGUGGGAUACUUCCAGCUGACUCCUGGGACCCACGUCAAGUGGUGCUACAUCUACACUGCAAAGCAAUAGGGCUCGGACCCUUGUGCUUUAAGCAAGCAAACUUGGUGUUACACCAGACGGUGGAGCGCAUUCACGUGGGCAAAAAAUAUGGCGACAUCCCUCGAGGCAUCUUUGUCGUGCGAGGCGAGAACGUUGUCCUGCUGGGGGAAAUAGACCUGGAAAAGGAGAGUGACACGCCUUUGCAGCAGGUGUCAAUCGAGGAGAUCCUGGAGGAACAGCGCGUGGAACAGCAAGCCAAGCAGGAAUCGGAGAAGCUGAAAGUGCAGGCACUUAAGGAACGGGGCCUUUCAAUCCCGCGAGCAGACACUCUAGAUGAGUAUUAGGUGUUCUGCCCAUCGGACAAUUCGCUCUGUCCGAGCAAGCAGAGCACUUUGUGUUUAGACCACACUUGGUCAGAGGGUGUGUAGGUCUGUUUGGAAAGGCUGUUUUUUGUUUUUAAUUUUGGGCUUAUCUGUUUUCCAUGGCACAGAUACACUAUUAAAAUCAUGUCAUUGUUUUCACAAAAUCAUUGUUUAUGAAGAAUGAAGGUGUCUGCAUAGCCUUGAACAUACCCACAUGCAAUGGUGCAGUUAGAGCAUGUGUGCAUGGAGAGAAAUCUAUUUUUUAUUUUUUUUUCCCCCCUCAUGUGAUUUUGGGGAAAACUGCUCUUCAACAUGUAAAUAAAACCUGGAUCCUGACAAUGUAAUCAACAGUCA